ACAGGAAAAUGGCGAUUUCUUCGGCAUAGUGUUGGCGUUUACUCUACGUUAAGGUACGAAAUUGCCUGAACCACAGUCACCCCUAAAUGUUUCGUGGUGUAGGUGCGGUAAAGGCAGCGCACGUGAACGCCCAAACCACUGUGAGCGCGUUGUUCUGUUAAAGAAACCAAAACCCGAAAGAAUGUCGAUGAGAAGAACAUUCACCUCCAAUUGUGCAUUCAGUCUUCUAUCUGUAUAACUGUAGUGGUUGUGCUCGUGACACAUGCUCGUGAUGACCCGAUGAGAAAUCACCAAUUUGCUUGUCUUCCAAAACUCAAACCCUGGAAUUGAUUCGGUUAAAAACGAAAGGAAUUUGGAGCUUACUUGCCAAUGACCUACAUGCCUUGCGCGGUUUUGUCAGUGGUGUUGCGAUACAAAGAUCGCAACCCAGACAUCCGGCACUGCGGCUGUAGGCCUCAUUUUCAACGUUUCUCGACUGAUCUUGCACUAAAUUUUCCACCGUUUUUUGUGCAGGAGAAAGCUACGAAAAACUCGAUGCCUGCGCUUUUAUUACUAACGGAUUUCUUGUCAUUCAAGAUAAUAGUUCGGUCAUGAUGAGUGUGUUUCUUUCUUUACAAAACAAACUGUCUAUUCUAUUGCUUAAUUUCGUUUUAUUUAGUGUACUUACUAUUAGUGGCAACUCAUCAUUUAGCUUCAGUCAAAAUCAAUUUGAAGAGUGGUCGAUUCAAUCGAGUGUUCCCACUGCUUUGUUCAAUUCGAACAUCAGUGAAAAAUGUAUCAAACACUCACGGGAAUACCUGGCGGCGCUUCGCAAUCGACUGCCAUGGGCAGUCAAAAUGUACAAGUCAUCCGGGAGGUUGGUGGAAAACUUAAUUUACAUUGAAGGGGACGAAAACGAGCAUCACGAAUCAGGAUUGUUUGAUGAAUGUCUCACUGUCCAAUCCGAUGGAGUUUCUUUCCAAGGAAAAUAUUGCACCGUCUUCUUUGGAUUACACGCCGUAGAAAAUACAAGCAACCAAGAAAACAAAUUCAAUGCGGAAAAAGAAAAGGAAACAAUUUACAGUAAUCAAAUGCCCAGUGUUGGUUUCUGUCUCCCCUCAACCUGCACUGCGGAUGAUUUAAAUUCCGCAGUGACCAAACUUCUUGGAUCUCGCGUCAUCAAAGGCAGAAAUUUCUCCGUGGUCGCCUUAGCCAACGAAAACGACUGUUACACGGAAAAGAAAGUCCAGGCCAGCAGCAAAUUUGAUAACAUAACCGUAACCAUUCUGUCGGUAUUUGGUUUGUUGGCUUUAUCAGUCACCACUGCAACAUUGCACGAUUCAAUUACGGACAAUGUCGUUUCUCGAAAUUCAUUCGCCGUUCGGUUGCUUCACUGUUUCUCCGCCAAGAGGAACUGCAAAACUUUGUUGUCAACUGAAGUUGCAAAGGAUAGCUUAUCGUGUGUACACGGGAUACGAGUUUUGUCAACUUGCUGGAUUGUCCUAUUCCAUAUCGGCGGAUCAUUCGUUGUACUAAGGACGAUAUACAACAAGCAAACGUUUAUCAAGAAUGCGUUUCAAUGGGAAUUUCAGUUCCUCUCAAAUGGUUUCUUUGCGGUCGACACUUUCUUUUUAAUGAGCGGCCUUUUGGUUGCGUUUACUCAACUGCGGGAACUGGAUCAAAAUAAAGGAUUUUUCAAUCUCAAGAAAUUUUAUGUUCGUCGGUACAUAAGGCUCACUCCAGUAUAUGCGAUAAUACUGGCCUUCUUAGCGAAAAUAGGAUCGCAUGUUGCAACCGGUCCCAACUGGAACGUGAUCCAGCGAAUUAGCAAAUGCACCAGAGAAAACUGGUGGAUGCAUUUGUUAUAUGUUAACAAUUUCAUGCAUCCAUACAGCAUUAGCAGCCCAGAUUACGCAUUUGGAGAGUCUUGGUAUCUUGCCUGCGACAUGCAAAUGUUCUUGAUCAGUCCUCUCUUCAUUUACCCAAUUUGGCGUUGGAAGGGAGCCGGAUUGAUUUGGACCGCAAUCUGCUUGUUCGUUUUUCUGGGAACAUCCGCCUCAGUUUUCAUUGCUUUCGACCUAAUACCCACACUUUCAGUAUUUAGACCAUCUUUCAAACCAAAAAUGGACACAUACUAUGACAAACAUUACACUGAUACAACUGCCCGUAUUCCUCCAUAUUUGAUAGGAAUUCUUUUGGGAUGGUUACUCCACACGACCAAGGGACGGAAGAUCUACAUCAAUAAAUAUCUAGUAGCUGCAGGUUGGAUAACAGCUACAUUAUUGGGAUUAAUUGUAACUUACGGAAUGUUUCCUUAUCUGGAUGAGUCCACAGUUCCCAUCAUCAAUCCCUUUAUCGUAGUUUCAUACGGAGUUUUGCAUCACUCCGCUUGGGCAAUUACCAUCGGUUGGAUCAUAUUCGCCUGCACCCACGGAUAUGGAGGCAUUAUCAAUAGAUUUUUGUCAUGGAAACUCUUCCUUCCGUUUAGCCGAAUGAGCUACGCAGUUUAUCUAAUUCACGUCAAUCUCGCCAUCUCAUAUGGAGCUCAAUUGCGUAAACCUUUAUACGUUUCUCAGUUACCUACGUUGACAACUUCUUUCGGACUGUUGGGCUUGGUCUUCCUUUUCGCAUCCGUCGUUACUAUCAUGGUGGAAAUGCCUUUCCUCAACUUGGAAAAACUUUUGUUACCUUAUAAUUCAAAAGCACCAGAAAGUAAAAAAGAAAAUGUAGCAGAUUAUUCGACGAGAAAUCUCCCCAAUAUAUUAAGAAAUAAUUAG